UUUUGGCCCCCUUAAUGCCUUUUAGUCUUCUCAAUUUCUCCUCUUUCAUCUCCCCAUAAUCAUUUCCCAAUUCUUUCUUGCUUUCUAAUUCAUCAACUUUCAACAAAAAUGAAGAUCUUCAAUUGGGUGCACAAGACUUUUCAUCAUUCUCUUCUCAAGGAGGGUUUUGCGCAAAAUGCGACGAAGAAGAAUGAAAGUGUAAGCAUUAAUGAAGUGGAUAGUCAUGCAUUGUUGAAGCAAGUAGCGUUUGAUCGUGUGGAAACCAUUCAUGACUGGAGAGAUGGCAUUCUCACCAUUGGCACAUUCGGGUUUGAAUCAUUGAAACCUUCGAACGAGCAAAAGGAGUAUUUCAUGCUCGAGAGCGAAGAAGACGACUACGAAGACGAGGAAGAAGAGGAAGAGAAAUCGUUCGUUCACGAUGAAGAUGACGACAUUAUCGGUUACUUGGAAAACGAAGAACUAAACCCUUUGAUGUUGAAAGCAUUUGGACACAAAUCAAAGGAUGUAAGUGCUGAGAAAGGUGAAGAUGAUUUGAUCAAAUACAAUGCAAUUAUGGAGAUGGAGAAUGAGGAGGAGAAGAAGAAAGGGGAGAGGAGAAUUACACUGGCUGAUUUGUUCUUAGCUGAUGCAAGAGAUGUGGCAAAAGUACUUGAGGAUGACAAAGUGCUUCAAAAGAAAACAGCUGAUGUGAGAAGUAAGAGUGGUCUCUCCUUUGCCAAGAAGUUUAUCCCUCGAGUUAAGGAGGAUUCACACCCUAUUAAGAACUUUCAACGAUUGAUGAGAAGGAUGAUGAAGAGGAAGAUCCAUCCAGAGAUUGAAGACAAGGUCAUCAUCAACAAACCAUCAUCGUCUGACCUAACAACUCACCAAAUAGGAAUAAUCCCCAACAAUGGACCUUUUCAAUCCUUUGAAUCCAUCUCUCUUCUUCCAACUCAAGGUGCAGAUGCAAUUGCGUGAUGGAUUUAAUGGAUGGAUGUAUUUGAAAUUAAUGAGUUGUGUUUAAUUAUCUCUUAUGGUAAUUUGUUGAAAACAAUGUUUAUUUAUUAUUUUUGUUCAUUAGGUGUUUAUUGUAUAUGGAGCUUUUUAAUUAAGACUACUUGUAAGUUGUAAGUUGUUUUGAUGUUGUUUUUGGGUUUAGCAAACAAAGUCGUGGAAUUGUGGUUUGUGGGUCA